CCACAGUCAGUUAUUUUUGAAUGUCAGCCUGACAGAACAAAGACAGUUGUAGGGAAACUGACUUUAAAAAGAAAGAAAGAAAGAAAAGAAAAGAAAUCAACAAAAUGACUUCAAAGAAGCCACUUUCAGAAUAGCUGUUGUGUCUGCAUGCAGUGUGUCGACGCAGCCUCCCCCCACCCCUGACACUCUGUGGUUUACUGCAGCUCAUUUAACCUGAGAGACACGAAACUUCUGUGACAUUUCUGAGAAAAGACAAGUGAGUUACAUGAAGGCAGGUCGAAUACAUGGACUCUCACACGCUAAAGGAUGAUCUUUCGAGACUUUCCACUAAACCUCAUGGAAACUUUGAAAUGCCGGCGUUCACUACAUCAAUAUGUCGUUGUGUUUAUGUUCCUCGUGACUCUCGGCACAGGAUCAACAUGCGAGGCUCCUUCCAGUCCUCAGUGCUUCAGAAGAAGCUCUGCUGAGAUCAUGUACGUGUGUGAAUGGACGAUGAAUACGACUGAGAGUGAUGUCUCAUAUGACCUUCACAUUGAAUACGAGGCACAAGGGAUACUAUCAGCCCUAUUAGGCUCUGUCCGCACGGAAGUUCAGCAUCGAGGCAUUAAGAAGACCACAUGUUCGAUGAUCGGGGAUACUCUUAUCAGAAAGCGUCCAGUUGAGAUUUGGGUGGCAGCUCACGUCGGGAACUCCAGCUGCACGUCACCCAGGAGGUCUGUGGAACUCCAGCACAUAGUAAAGCAUGACAUACCACAAAAUAUCACUAUGUCCUGGUUAAAAAACAACCUCAGCUUGAGCUGGUCAGCAGCGGAGGAGUAUCCAGCUUUAGCCGAGGUUCGGUUCCGACGUCAUGAGCACCCGACAGAUUCCUGGGAGACAAGAAUGACAAAUACCACACAUGAGACCUCUAAAUACUCGGUCAUUGUUGUGAAUCUGUUGAAGUUAACACCUUACCAGGUCCAGAUCAGACAGAGGUCCAGUCAGGUCCGGAAUCCCCUGUGGAGCGACUGGUCUCCAGUUGUGACGGUUCCUGCAGAGCUGGAACAAAUGCCUGAAGUCUCCAUGGCGACGAGACUUUUAAACGGCACCCGAAAGGUGACUCUAACGUGGAAGCCGAUGCCACAUGCAGCAGCAGUCACUGGAGUGAGGUACAAAGUGAUGGACACACAGUCAUCUCAAAGAUGUCCCUGUGCGGAAAAGGGACCCGCCAUCAAAUCGAGUGAACACCAAACUUAUGUCUCGUACUCUGCGGUCAACAUCUCUGUAAUCGCCAUGAACGCAGCAGGGUCUUCUCCUCCAGCAGUCAUACAAGUCCCGGCCCAACCUGCUGCAGAGUUAAAAACUUGUAAUGAAGCGUUGAUGAGCAAAAAGAUCAAAAAGAAAACUUGCCGCGAGUUUUAUGAGCUUCAAGACGGAGAUUCAAGGCCAGAAAAUAUUAUCACGGUAACAGCAGACAAGAGGAGGAAUAUGAAGUACGUUCAGGAAUUUGUCCGCUACCUUUACUAUGAGCACAGAUGUGAACGUGGGAAACCACGCACAGUUGAAAUGUGCCUCUUUUAUAAAAAACAGGGUGCUCCACGUAUAAAACCUCAGAACUUCACUCAUUCCAGUGAAACAGACAAUUCUGUCGACCUGUCAUGGAGAGCGAUCCCCCCUGCGGACCAGCGGGGUUUCCUCACACACUACAGCCUCUGCAGCGUGAAAAUUAGUUCACCGGAGGCGCGCAAAGAGUGCCUUAACAUAUCAGCCUCUGUGGUAAACUACCGUCUGGAAAACUUGACACCUGGAGCGCAAUACAACAUCAGCCUGGCCGGGGUGACACCAGCUGGAGAAGGACCGAAUGCCCAAACAACUGUCAGCACGCUGCCGGAGAAGCCUGUGAAUGUGCUGUGGAGUCUCAGCUUGCUGUUUGUGUUCUUUUUCCUCUCCACGACGUGCACCUGUAUCUUGAAGAGAAUCAAAAACAAGAUCUUCCCUCCUGUGCCAACACCUGUUAUUCCAAAUUUCACCCCUUAUCAAGAGGAGAGCCAGGAGAUGCCAGAGAGAAAGGAGGAGGUCCAUGAGCUGACGCUGCUCCAGCUGCAUCCAGAGGUAAAGUCUGUCCCCGAGGACGCAGAAGAGACCACCGUCCUCAGAGGAGACUGGGACGAUGACACUGAUGAGGACGUGGAGAGCGAGAGGGGGGAUUCAAGUCUGUCGGGAGGAACCAGUGAUGAGUGUUUAGGUCCCGGCUCUACAGACCAGGCACUGAGGAGAUCCAAAGAGGGGGAGGCGACAGAUCUGGAACAGCUGGAUAACGAGAUCGCCAUGCUGAUAUACAGGAACGGCUUGGUCUUUGACGUGAAGACAGAAUCGACUUGAAGUGGAUUUGACCGCUGCACAGCACAGAACUGCACUAACAAAUCAAGGGCUGACGUUAUUUGUCAAGCGGCAACCAUUGUGGCGGGAAAAGUGAAGCCAACAUGGAGGCGCGGAUGGCCACUCGAGGCUGGCUCCAGAAUCGACUCAAUACCCACAAGGCCACAUGUUGAACAACUUUACACCCAAUUUACUUGUUUCGGUGUCUUUGUUUACAGCCCGGUACAAAAACGAUUAUAGCUUCUACAGCUAAUUUUCCUGUUCAUGACAACAGUACCUUUAUACAACCCAGAGACUACCUCCUUGUUUCAUACAGUCUAUGGUUCUAAUAUUUUUUUUUUCUUUUUAAACAAUGUUUGCAUUUGCGGUGCUUGAUGAAAAGAAAAUCUGCGAAAUGAUCUUGCGUGUUGAAUUUUGCUGGUGACACUUUUACAUACGGUUGUGAAAGCAGGAGGGUUAAUCUCUCAGUCUUUGUCGAUGCAUGUUGUCAAUAAACUGUAUUAGCAUCCGU